AUCGGACUCUCUGGAAGGACCAGGAUAAAGAGUGAGCAAAGUCUUAAAAUGAUGAAUUAUGAAAAAUAAAAAUAAAAGUAUAAAAUAGGAAAUAAUUAGGUGGGCGAACUAAGCAGCGUUUCCGUUAUCUAUUUUAUUAUCUCAUCUCGCUCGCUCGCUCAUUCAUUUUGAUUCAAUCAAAUUACAAUUAAAUUGGGGCUUUUUCAAUCGGAUCUUUGAAAUCAAUUGAUAAUUCGAUGGCUUUUGAUUCAGUUAGCAACUCUCCUUCCAUCGCCAAGGACUUUGCGAAGAAGAAGAAGGCUAGUCGGUCUGCCAAAUUGAAGCAGUGCAAGCUCGAUGCUCGUCGGCACCAGUGGCUUUCACAAGUGAAGAAUAAGGAGAGCAAGGAUGAAGUGAAUGUUGUUGCUGGAGAGAUUCGCGUUUCUCCAAUUCAUGGGUGUAAUGAGAGGGACCGAGUUACUAAGCUUUUGGAGGUUAAUCCGAGGAAUGAUGAAAAUGAUGGAUCAGUGAAUCAUUAUAGUGAUUCAGAUUCAUCCUCUCACAGUCCCACUAGUCACAGUGGCAGUGUUGUUGGAAGUAAUUGUUCUGGUACAAGUUUCACUGGAAGUGGCAAUAGCACUAGCAGCAGCAGGAGCAGUAGUAGCAGUGGUCGGUCUCAUUCUGGUAAUAUAAGUGAAGAGGAAAAUGAUGAUGGUUGCUUUUCUGACUGGGAGGCUGUUGCUGAUGCAUUGGCCGCUGCUGACAGUAAGCAACAGCAGGAACAACUUAAACCUAGUCAGAAAUCACCUCUGGAGCAUGAAAGUAUUACCAAGGUGGAAUGUCCUUUUGAAUCGGCAAAUUCUGAGGCGUUGAUUGUAAAUAGUUCCAAACCCAAAGCUGAAAUUACCAGGGCAUGGAGACCUGAUGAUGCAUUUCGCCCUCAAAGCCUUCCAAAUUUGUUUAAGCAGCAUAGUUUUCCUACGAGGUUGGAUAGGCAUGGUGGUUCUGGAGGUGUGGCAUGGGCUUGUUCCAAUGGUAUAUCCGCCCCGUCAUCAUGUCCAAUAUGCUGUGAGGAUCUGGAUUUCACUGAUACGAGUUUUCUUCCUUGUUCCUGUGGGUUUCGACUUUGUCUUUUCUGCCAUAAGAGAAUCCUCGAAGAAGAUGGUCGAUGCCCGGGAUGCAGGAAGCAGUAUCAGCAUGAUGGUGUCAGAGGUGAAGGAAAUGAGGAUGUUAAAGGAAGUUCGUCAUUCCGUUUGAUUCGGUCUUAUAGCUUGAUGACAAGGUCUUAGGAAAAUUUUCCCUAUUAAAUAUGUAUGUGGGUGCACCUUUCGUGUGUCGUGAGUUUCAUUCAAUAUAUAGAAACUGAUACUAGCAGUAUGUGUUUACAGGGGUGUGAUUGUUAAAAUUAGACAUUGAAGUUGGCUCCCAUCUGAGUUUGAUACUUAAUUCCAAAGAUGCAUGUGUUAAUGUAGAGAAGUUAUUAUUUUGUGAAUAGACAAAGUGGUAUAAGAAUUAAAUACAUUUGAGAUAUAUUGACUUUUGAUUUUCUUUUUC